UUAUGAAGUUUGGCUUAGACAAUUCACUUUACUGGUAUGAUGAUAUGUAUACAAUUAUGAAAACAAUUCAUAAACAAAGACAAAACUUAUUACAGGCAAAGGAGGGUUUUAUACCUGAGAUUUCUAAUCCUCAAGUAGCGGAGCUUGCGAUUAGUUUAGAUUGUGUUUCAGAACAUUCGCCUACAGUUUCCGGUGAAAAUGAUCAUGAAACGGAACGAUUUCUUCUAAAAUUGCUAUUCAUAAUGCAGAAGCCUAUUGCUAACAGUGCAAUUCCGGAAAAAGUGAGAAGAACUAUGGAAAGUAAAAGAAGAAUUUGAAGAGCAUGAGAAAGCAUUAGAAGGAUGCAAUAGAAAUUCAGAUUCUGCUCAACCCAUUGAACCAGAAACCGGAACUAUGUGAUGAGGAAG